UGCAGUAUUGAGAAGAUUUUCGAGAUUAUAGAGUUUAUUUAUUGGAUAAGUCUCUGAGAAGGGAAGAAGUUUUGUUUUAGAUCUGUAUAGAGUUUAUUGCUGAGAAGGGAAGAAGGUUUUUGUAAGAUCUAUUUAGAGUUUAUUGCUGAGACUUUUAGAAUGGCAGCUCUGGAAAAUUCAGAUUUGAAGACAGCUCUAGAUCUGAACAAUGGCAGCAAUCCUGUUGAGAAUUCUGAUUUGAUAGUUAGCUUUGGGGAGAUGCUCAUUGAUUUUGUUCCAACAGUCUCUGGUGUUUCCUUGGCUGUGGCACCAGCCUUUAAGAAGGCCCCAGGAGGUGCACCAGCAAAUGUUGCUGUAGGGAUAGCUAGGCUUGGAGGUCAUGCAGCAUUCAUUGGGAAGGUUGGCGAUGAUGAAUUUGGCCAUAUGUUGGCGGACAUUUUAAAGGAAAAUGGGGUAAAUGACAAGGGUUUUCUGUUUGAUAGCCAUGCUAGAACGGCGCUUGCAUUUGUAACAUUGCGUAGUGAUGGAGAACGCGAGUUCAUGUUCUAUCGUAAUCCCAGUGCUGACAUGCUCUUGACAGAGGCUGAGCUUGAUAAAGAUCUGAUCCAACAGGCUAGGAUUUUUCAUUAUGGAUCAAUAAGUUUGAUCACAGAGCCAUGCAGAACAGCUCAUCUUGCAGCCAUGAAAAUGGCAAAAGAAGCUGGUGCACUAUUAUCAUAUGAUCCCAAUGUGAGAUUGCCAUUAUGGCCAUCUGCUGCAGAUGCUCGGGAAGCCAUCUUCAGUAUUUGGGAUGAGGCUGAUGUGAUUAAGGUCAGUGAUGAUGAAGUAGCAUUCCUUACAGAUGGGGGAGACUACCAAAAAGAUGAAGUAAUCGAGACCCUAUUGCGUCCAGGAGUAAAAUUACUGCUUGUAACUGAGGGGGAAAAAGGUUGCAGAUACUACACCAAGGACUUUCGGGGGAAAAUAAAUGGAUUUGCAGUGAACACAGUUGAUACAACCGGUGCUGGUGAUGCAUAUGUUGGGGCAUUUCUUACAGAGCUGGUCAAAGAUUUCUCAUUACUUGAGGAUGAGAAGAGAUUGAGGGAUGCACUGCUUUUUGCCAAUGGCGCUGGUGCCAUAGCAACAACAGAAAAGGGUGCAAUCCCUGCACUGCCAGAUAAAGCUGCUGUUCUGGCCCUCUUGAACAGCCAUGUUUAACAGUUUCUAUUUAAAGAGAUUUAUUUUUCUCAGGUAAAGAUAUAAACAUAUACUCUUAGGCAGCAUUCGUCCUUAUUUUGUUUAAUAUAAGAGACAAUAUGAAUUUGACAGUCUGUGUUUUUACAAAUAAGUAUAGGUUUUGUCUGUGAAUUAUGGAUGUCUUAUUGUUAAGACUUAAGAGUAUGUUGCUCUUAGUGGAAUUGACCGUUGAUAGAUGAACACAUUAUAUUCAAAACUGUUGUGAUAUUCAUUUAAGUUUUUUUUUGUUUGAAACUAUUGAUAAGUGCUUUGACACCUUUAGUCAUAUUCUUCAUAUUUGUCACCAUGGAAUAGGAUUUACAGUCACCACAAAUAAAUUUGGGAAGUCUCUUUUCAUGACUUAAUUCAUAUUUUAACAUUGGGGUUGAACCAGUGAUCUCCUUUUUGUGAAUUUAACAUUUUAUCACUGCAUUGUUGACUUGAACCCACAUUGGA